GCGACAGCUGUGUUGGAGGAGCCAAGACGAUGGAACUGCAUUCUAUCAGGAUGGCGGCUGCUCAGUAAAUAAAGUCGCUUUCCUUUCGGCUGCGAGGCUUUACUUUUAACUCCUGGCGACCCUAGAUUGGAAAGUUUCCAGCCGGAAGCCAUUAGAUGGGACACCCGGAAAGCGGAACUCCUCGAACGGAAGUGGUGGAGAGGCACAGAGAAUGGCGGCGGAAAGUUGGAUUCGGUGCUGGGGCUGGGGUCGGCGAUGCCCGGCAAGGCCUGGGCUUCCCGGCCCUGGCCCUGGCCCCACGACACCUCUACUUAUUCUUUUGUUGCUGGGGCCGGUGGCUGCAGAUAUAACUGACGGAAACAGUGAACACCUCAAGCGGGAGCAUUCACUUAUCAAGCCCUACCAAGGGGUCGGUUCCAGCUCCAUGCCCCUCUGGGACUUCCAAGGCAGCACUAUACUCACGAGCCAGUACGUGCGUCUGACCCCUGAUGAGCGCAGCAAAGAGGGCUCUAUCUGGAACCACCAGCCUUGCUUCCUUAAAGACUGGGAGAUGCAUGUUCACUUCAAAGUUCACGGUGCUGGGAAGAAGAAUCUCCACGGAGACGGCAUUGCCUUGUGGUACACUCGGGACCGCCUCAUGCCAGGGCCUGUGUUUGGAAGCAAAGACAACUUCCAUGGCUUAGCCAUCUUCCUGGACACAUACCCCAACGAUGAGACGAUGGAGCGUGUGUUCCCGUACAUCUCGGUGAUGGUGAACAAUGGCUCCCUGUCCUACGACCAUAGCAAGGAUGGCCGCUGGACUGAACUGGCAGGCUGCACGGCUGACUUCCGCAACCGUGAUCAUGACACUUUUCUGGCUGUGCGCUACUCUCGGGGUCGUCUGACGGUGAUGACUGACUUGGAGGACAAGAAUGAGUGGAAGAAUUGCAUCGACAUCACUGGAGUGCGCCUCCCCACAGGCUACUAUUUUGGAGCCUCUGCUGGCACUGGUGACCUGUCUGACAAUCACGACAUCAUCUCCAUGAAGCUAUUCCAGUUAAUGGUAGAACACACCCCUGACGAGGAGAACAUCGACUGGACCAAGAUCGAGCCCAGCGUCAAUUUCCUCAAGUCGCCCAAAGACAAUGUGGAUGACCCGACGGGGAACUUCCGCAGCGGGCCCCUGACUGGGUGGCGGGUGUUCCUGUUGCUGCUGUGUGCACUCCUGGGCAUCAUCGUGUGUGCCGUGGUAGGGGCCGUAGUGUUUCAGAAGCGGCAGGAGCGCAACAAGCGUUUCUACUGAGUGGCUGCCCUCCGGGAGGGGAGAUCCUUGCCUUGGCCCCCUGCACUAAUGUGAACUUUUUUUUUUACUGAGAUUGUAAAAGAAAAACAAUAUGACCUUAUUUCUUAACAACUUAAAAGAAAUAAUUAAAGUAUUUUCAUACAUUUUGCUUCUUGCCCAGCAGGGACAGGCUGCAGGGCCAGGGAAUAAGGGUUUGGUGUCCCCACAGAUGGGGACAGAGGUCCUUGCCCAUUGCCAGCAUCUCAGGAGGAGGGGUGUCUGUGCCUGGAGCUGGGCUGAGGCCCCAGUAGGCAGCUGUUGAACACUGGAGGCCCCUCAGCCACACAGGGGUGGGCACCUGAGGACACGAGCAGGGAUUUGUUCUGUGCUACGCUGAGUGUGUGGCAGAAGAAGAGGCCAGUUGGGGGACCUGGGCCUUCAUGUUCACCUCUGAGCUUCCCAAGGCAGACCCUCAAGUGAGUCUAGAGGAGCAGUUUGGUGGGGCCCAGAGCAAGACUGUGCUAAAUAAAGUGAAAUAACCACCCUGUG